UCCCUCUCCUCGUCUUGUAAAUUACGGAGGAAGUUUCAUCUUAAUGGGAUGCACAAGACUGGCGAUGUGGUUCUGGGUGGGCUGUUUGAAGUCCACUACACAUCUGUCUUCCCAGAGCUUUCCUUCACCUCAGAGCCAAAUCAACCACGUUGCGAGGGCUUCGACCCUCCAGGGUUCAGACAUGCCUUGACCAUGGCCUUUGCUGUUGAUGAGAUCAACAAAAACUCAAACCUGCUACCUAAUGUGACUCUGGGAUACAGUCUGUAUGAUAAUUGUGCCUCACUUGGAAUUGGAUUCCGUGCUUCAUUGUCACUGGCCAGUGGUCAAGAGGAGCAGUUUAUUUUGAAUGAAAUCUGUGUGGGGGCCCCUCCAGUCCUGGGGAUCGUGGGUGAUGUAUAUUCAACAUUUACAAUUGCCAUGUCAAGUGUGACAGGUUUAUACAAACUGCCCAUUGUGAGUUACUUUGCCACAUGUUCGUGCCUCAGUGAUCGGCAACGCUUUCCAUCCUUCUUCAGAACAAUACCAAGUGAUACUUUCCAGGUGCGUGCUAUGAUUCAGAUUCUAAAACGCUUUGGCUGGACUUGGGCAGGUCUGCUGAUCAGUGAUGAUGAUUAUGGACUCCACGCUGCCCGAUCCUUUCAAACUGACCUGGGUCCAUCUGGUGGAGGUUGUCUGGCUUACUUAGAGGUUUUGCCCUGGGGUGACAACCCAGCUGAACUAAAGAGGAUUGUGGAUGUGAUGAAGAAAUCCACAGCUCGUGUGGUCAUUGUGUUUGCACAUGAGAGCCACAUGAUUGAUCUCAUGGAAGAGGUGGUGAGGCAGAAUGUGACAGGCCUGCAGUGGAUGGCCAGUGAAGCCUGGACAACAGUUGCUGUGCUCCAGACCCCCCACCUCAUGCCGUACCUGGGUGGAACACUGAGCAUUGCCAUCCGUCGAGGAGAAAUACCAGGACUCAGGGAAUUCCUCUUACAAAUACGUCCUGACCUAUACCACAACAACAGCCAUGGAAAUAACAUGGUCAACCAGUUUUGGGAAUACACAUUUCAGUGUAGAUUUGCUCCACCUCCAGCAGGUUGGAUGGAAGCUGGAGGAACAUUAUGCACUGGUGAGGAAGAUCUAGAAAGUGUGGAAAGUGAGUUGUUGAAUGUGGCAGAAUUCAGGCCUGAGUACAAUGUGUAUAAGGCUGUGUAUGCUCUGGCAUAUGCCCUCGAUAACAUGCUGCGCUGUGAGCCAGGGAGAGGGCCUUUCAGCAGCAAAAGCUGUGCCCAUUUCCAAAGACUGGAGCCCUGGCAGCUUUUACAUUAUUUGCAAAAAGUCAACUUCACUACAUCAUUUGGUGACCAAGUGUCAUUUGAUGAGAAUGGUAAUGCCUUACCAAUCUACGAUGUCAUGAACUGGCAGUGGCUACCUGAUGGACAAAUUAAAGUUCAAAGUGUGGGUGAAGUUAAGAAAUCAGCCUUAAAAGGUGAAGAGCUAACACUUGACGAAAAUAAAAUCUUCUGGAACUUUGAGGCAAAAAAGCCCCCCCGGUCAGUGUGCAGUGAGAGCUGUCCUCCUGGUACCCGCAUGGCCAGAAAGAAGGGGGAACCUGAGUGUUGUUUUGACUGUAUCCCCUGUUCUGAGGGAAAGAUCAGCAAUAGGACAGACUCCAUGGAGUGCACCAGUUGUCCAGAGGAUUUCUGGUCCAGCCCCCAGCGUGACCACUGUGUCCCUAAGAAAACAGAGUUCCUCUCCUACCAUGAGCCUCUGGGAAUCUGCUUGAUGACAACCUCAUUGCUGGGCACAUUUAUCUGUGCUAUUGUCCUAGGGAUCUUCACUCAUCAUCGCAGCACACCCAUUGUGCGUGCUAACAAUUCAGAACUCAGUUUCCUGCUCUUGGUGUCACUUAAACUAUGUUUCCUGUGCUCACUGCUGUUUAUCGGCCGACCCAGACUGUGGACAUGCCAGCUGAGACAUGCAGCAUUUGGGAUCAGCUUUGUGCUUUGUGUCUCAUGCAUCCUGGUUAAAACCAUGGUGGUUCUGGCUGUGUUCAAGGCCUCUAAGCCAGGAGGUGGAGCCAGUCUGAAGUGGUUUGGUGCUGUGCAGCAGAGAGGGACGGUUCUGGUUCUUACAUGUAUUCAGGCAGCAAUCUGUACUGCCUGGCUUGUUUCUGCCUCACCAGCACCUCAUAAAAAUACCGAAUACCACAAUGACAAAAUCAUUUAUGAAUGUGUAGUUGGCUCCACAAUUGGUUUUGCAGUGUUACUGGGCUAUAUAGGAAUACUGGCUAUCCUUAGCUUCCUGUUAGCUUUCCUGGCAAGGAAUCUUCCAGACAACUUCAAUGAGGCCAAACUCAUCACUUUCAGCAUGCUGAUCUUCUGUGCUGUGUGGGUGGCCUUUGUCCCUGCUUAUAUCAACUCUCCAGGCAAAUAUGCAGAUGCAGUGGAGGUAUUUGCCAUCCUGGCCUCUAGUUUUGGCCUCUUGGUGGCGCUGUUUGGACCCAAAUGUUACAUAAUCCUCCUGAGACCAGAGAGGAACACAAAGAAAGCUAUUAUGGGUCGAGGAACUACAAAGUGA